GGAGAAAGCAGUCAGCUGCUUCGUUCAGCAUCACAACAAACAUGGCGUCAGGAGGCGGCUAACUGAGAAGAAAAGCUGGGGAUCCUCCAAAGCCGAUUUAAUUAAGAGUUGUAUUGCUUAAUAACAGAUAACAUUUGCUUCAGCUUGAUCUCAAGAUGGAGGCCACCCCGUAUCGAGAGGAGGUUUCGGAGAGGAAAGUGUGUGUUGUCGGGUCGGAGCUGGUGGAAAACUAUACUGUCUACAUCAUCGAGGUGUCGGAUGGAGAGCACAGAUGGACUGUGAAGCACCGCUACAGUGAUUUCCACGACCUCCACGAGAAGCUGACGGCGGAGAAGAAGGUGGACCGACGGCUGCUUCCUCCUAAGAAGAUGCUGGGGAAGAACUCAAAGAGUCUGGUGGAGCGGCGGCAGAAAGAGCUGGAGCUCUACCUGCAGACGUUGCUGCUGCAGUUCCCACAGGCCACCCCGACUCCGCUCGCAGUCUUCCUGCACUUCCACCUCUAUGAGAUCAACGGCAUCACAGCAGCUCUGGCUGAGGAGUUGUUCCAUAAAGGUGAGCAGUUGCUGCAGGCGGGCGAGGUGUUUUCUCUGCAGCCUUUGCAGCUCUACUCCGUCUCCCAGCAGCUGCGUCUGGCCAAACCAACCUGCUGUAACGGGGACGCCAAGACCGACCUGGGACACAUCCUGGACUUCACCUGCAGGCUGCGAUACCUGAAGAUGUCUGGUACCAGAGGCCCAGUAGGCACCAGCAACAUCCAGGAGAGCAGUCUCCCCUUUGACCUGUCUGUUUUCAAAUCACUGCUGCAGAUAGAGAUCAGUGAGUGCAGCUCCCAGCAGAUUGGAGGUCUCUCGUUUCUGAGGUCCAGUCUGGAAACUCUAAGUAUCCACUACUCCACAGAAACUAUGAUGUCAAUCCUUGUCCCAGAGGCGAGCGAGUUCUCACAGUGGGAGGCGGAGGGGGCCGAGUCAGGCUGUCCUGUGACCGCUGUGAUCCCUGUGUGGAGAAACCUGACCACUCUGGACAUGAGCCACAACGGCAUCAGCACCAUCGACAGCUCAGUGAAACUGAUCCCGAAGGUGGAGUUUCUGGAUCUGAGCCACAACCAGCUGUCCACAGUGGAAAACCUCCAGCACCUGUACAAUCUGGUCCAUGUGGAUCUGUCUUACAACCGUCUGCGGGUCCUGGAAGCUGCUCACACCCGUCUGGGCAACAUCAAAACCCUGAGCCUGGCUGGCAACCAGCUGGACCAACUGACCGGCCUCACAAAGCUCUACUCUCUGGUCAACCUGGACCUCAGCCACAACCAGCUGGCCCAGUUGGAGGAGAUCAGGAACAUCAGCCUUCUGCCCUGUCUGGAGAAACUUAACCUGUCCAACAACCCCAUGUGCAUCAUCCCAGACUACAGAACCAAAGUCCUGGCCCAGUUUGGAGACCGUGCAGCAGAGGUUUGUCUGGACGGGAACCUGACGACGGAGAAGGAGCUGGACACAGUGGAAGUGUUGAAAGCCAUUCAGAAAGCCAAAGAAGUCAAAGACAGGAUGAGCAGCGGCGACAAGAAGAUCAGUGAGGAGACCAGGCUGUCUGCUGCUGCACCUCCUCACCUCUCCUCUUCCUCUCCCCCCUCCUCUUCCUCCUGCUGCUCCUCUGCUGUCUCUCCUCCUGCUGUCACCUCCUCCUCCUCCUCCUUCUCCUCCUCCUCUACCUCCUCCUCCUGUCCGGUCCAGCAGGCUGUCUGCCCCAGCCAAGAUGUGACGAGCAGAGGAGACGCUGCCCUUCCCCCCAAUGUUCCCCCUGUGAACGCCGCACCUCCCCCCGCAAGCUUUAACGCCAACACACACCUCCUGUCUGCUGACCCCGCCCAGGUUCAACAAGCGUCUGCCGGUCUGUCUGAACACACACUCUGUGGAGCUCCUACAAGCACUUUUAUUACUACUACUACUACUACCACUACUACUACUACUACUACAAAUACAGUCUGUUGUGUCUGCUGCUCUUCUUCCUCCAGACCAGUUGGAACCACUUGCUUCUCCUGCAGCGCAGCCUGCAGUCCUCUACUCCCUUCUCACCUGCUCUCCCUCUCCUCCUUCAACAAAGACUUCAUUACCCAGCUCUCCCAGCUUCUCAGCACCACCCUGAAGGAGCAGAAGAGAAAGGAGGAGGUGGAGGAGGAGGAGGAAGAAGAGAAGGAGGAGGAGAGGGAGGAGGAGAGGUCUGAAUCCAGACAGAUUCAGACCCGUGUAGAGGGCACUGAGGUGGGAAGUCCCAGUCCAAGCUCCAGGGACGGAUAUUUCGAGAUGGGUCUGGAUGACUCCGUGGAGGAGACGGUCUGCUCCUCCUCCUCCUCCACGUCGCUGGCUGUUCCUCCGGCCGAGGGGCCCAGGGGCCCCCAGGCGGAGCUGUGUGAAGAGGAGGAGGACGAGGAGGUGCAGGUCAGCAGGGUUCUGUGGUGCUACUGUCUUCAGGUGAAGGAGGAGGUGGAGCAGAAGGAGGCGUGCCUGGUGCUGACGGACCGGCUGUUGGGCCUGCUACACCUAUCAGAUGAUAUCACAUGGACCAAUCAGGACGCAGACCAGGAGCAGAAGGCUCCUGUCGAGGAGGUGCUGUCAAGCCUGCAGGUGGACCUCCUGCUGCCGUACUCCCAGCUCCAGCUCUCCUCUCAAGCCGAGCUCCCUGACUCCUGCCUGGCCUUCGGUCUCCGAGCCGGUCCGACCCGCUGGUACAUCUUCUUCGAGGCAGAGGAGCUCCGGCAGAUCAGGAGCGAGCUGACGGUGCUGAUCCAGGCAGCGAAGUCUCAGACUGACCCGGAGCCCCCCAACACUCCUCAGCUCUUCCCCCGCUCACUCAUCAACUCCUGGGAGCUGGAGGAGAGUCAGGGAGCCCAGGGAGGCUAUCCAGCUUUCCUCCUCCCCUCCUCCUCCUCCUCCUCCUCCUACUCCUCCUCUGCCCCGGACACCCACCCGCUCCUGUCAGACAUCUUCUCCAAGAGGGAGGACCCCAGCCUCCUCUCUCUCCUCUUUCUCACCCACCGACACCUCUGGGUGCUGAAGAUGGAUUUCAGAGAGCUGGCAGAAAGAGAGAGGCGGCCGGCUGACCAUCAUCACUCCUCCUCCUCUUCCUCCUGCUGCAGGCUGGUCCGUGUGCCCCUCGGCUCCAUGAUGCUUCACCCCAGAGAGAGAGCUUCUCAGGUCGGGGACAGAACCUGCAGCUCCUCCUGUCCCGACCCUAAACACCACCACAGGAGGAGUCACACUGUGGAGCUGCUGCUGGGCGGUCAGAGGCUGCUGCUGCUCUUCCCUCUGGCCCAGAACAGGAGCUCCUUCCUGGGGGAGCUGAGCCAGCGGAGAGCCUCUCUGGAGGGGCUGAAGAUGAUCGCCCUGCCCCAGCCCUGCAGGCCCUGUCCACAGCAAGGCCGUCUCAGAUCCACAGACCAGUGCUGUUGUACCAGUACAAGGAAAGCACACAGCACCAGCAGCUGGGACACCUCCCGCCUCCAAGUGGAGGAACCAGCCGUCCCCCCCCUCACCCCAGGUCUCUCCCCAGGUGAAGCUUCUGCUGGGCUUGGAGAACAGCAGCUGCUGACCUUCCACAGCUAUAUAGCAGUGUCUGAGGUGGAGGAGGUGAGACAGGUCUUGUGGCUGUCUGUGGUUCUCUACAAGUCUCCAGAGUCUGAGCUCACCUGCUGUCUGCUGCUCUCCACUGACACAAUCUACUUCCUGUUGGAAGACUCCGCCUCCACACUCGGCCAUCACUCAGUGUUGGACAUAUUGGACUCUGGAGAUUCCGACGUCUGUCUGUGCUGCUGUCUGUCCAUUAGACUGUCUGAUCUGCUGUCUGUCAACGUGGGACUGUUCGACCAAUACUUCAGAGUCGUAGGUCGUUCAGCCGAUCACAUCGUGUGCUGUCUCAGCCGGGACAGUUAUGGGACGGGCGUCUUCCUUCAGGAGCUCAUGUCGGCUCUGAGUCUGCAGCAGCAGCUUCCUCCUCCAGAGCCAUCAGAUCAGGACUUCUACUCGCAGUUCACCAACACAAACACAGGUAAGAUGCAGAACUACGAGCUGGUCCACAGCAGCAGGGUGAAGUUUAUCUAUCCCAGUGAGGAGGAGAUGGGAGACCUGACCUUCAUCGUGGCAGAGAGGAAGACUCCGGCCAGCGCAGCGUCAACGCCCUCGCGCUCCUUCAACGUCCUGCUGUACCUGCUGGUCUUCCAGGUCCAGAUCCCCAGCAGCCUGCCCAGCCAGGGCUCCACUCUCUCAGGCCACUCCUCCUCUGGUUCUGGCUCCAGCCCGUCUCCUGUACUCCAGCCCAGGACGCUGAUCCUGACCAGCACUGACGUCUUCCUGUUGGACGAGGACUACGUCAGCUAUCCUCUGCCCGACUUCGCCAAAGAACCACCCUCCAGGGAGCGGUACCAGCUGCGAGAGGCUCGGAGGAUCCGGGACCUGGACCGGGUCCUGUUAGGGUACCAGACGUACCCUCAGGCUCUGACCCUUGUGUUCGAUGACCUGCCAGGUCCCGACCUGCUCUGCCACCUCACCAUGGACCACUUCGCCGCAGCAGGGGAGGAGGCCUCGCCCAGAGGGGGCGGAGCCAGCAGUGGCGCGGAGGGCGAGGUGCAGUGGUGCGUCUUUGUCCCCGGCGCGGACAGCAGAGAGAGGCUGAUCUCACUCCUCGCUCGCCAGUGGGAGGCGCUGUGCAGCCGGGAGCUUCCUGUGGAGCUCACCGGCUGAUUGGUGGACGCCGUACAGAUCGAUGAGUGUUCACCACCUCGUUGGUCGUUGGGAGCUGAUUGGCAGGUGGAGUCGCCGUUUGACCGUACACACACAGAUCCAGGGCUUGGCUAGCUGUUUAAAAGCCUCAAUAUGCUUUAAACAGUCGUUUGUACAAAGUAUUGUCUGACCCGGUCUGAAGGCAAAGCCUUUCCGAGCCUCUGCGAAUGGUCACACUGAAAGGCAGCCUGUCGCCAGGGAGACGCGCAGGAUGCAAUGAACUAAUCAAACUGGGAUAAUGAUUUACGUUUGGUCUCUACUUGAAGGCAGUCAUCAUGUUCGGUUGUUCACAUGAAAAGUGACAGAAACCUUGAUUGUGUGAAGAAUGCAGUUUAGACGGGGUCUACUGGUGACUGUUGGAUUCGGAGGUGGAUUCAGACGAUCCAACAAGCACUUAGUUUGAAACAUAAUGGAGCCUUGAGCUGUACUAUGGCUGGAAGGGAUGUGGCUUUGCUCAAACACCGUUUGGUGUCCGCUACAGAAAAAACGGAAUCAACAGAUACCAGACUGCCAUUACAGAUCUGUGACCUCACACAGGAUCUAAAUAGUGGGAGCUUCAGGCACAACUUGACAUUCUUGUAAAGUUUCUCACAUGGAGCAGAUUCACAGAGUUGUUAGAUGACCAGACAGACAGACAGACAGACAGACAGACAGACAGACAGACAGACAGACAGACAGACAGACAGACAGACAGACAGACAGGUGUUGCACAACAGGGGACGCUGCAGACCACAGGAGUUAAACUACAUUUGAAUCAACAUUACCUUAAAGGAACAGUUUGUCACUUCUGGUAAAUCCUCCUGUUAUCUGUCCCCUCCAGAGCCAGAUUAAAAUAUUUACAACAGUUUGAUCUCUGUGUGUCAAGGACAAAUAGAAAACCAGGACAUGCUAGCCUAGCUUAGCCUUAGCCUAACAACUCCAAAGCUGUCUGAUUUACAUGUUAUUUAUGUUAAGUUGCUCUUAAAACCAAAAAAACUAUUUUUUACAUUUACAGUCUGGCUCUGGGUUGAGACACCCCAACACCACACACACACACACACACACACACACACACACACACACACACACACACAGCUGCUCGGCACAAUCUGCUCUUUUAUUCCUUUGCACAUUGUAAGUGAUUAAGCAGUAUUAUUGGACUGUAUAUUGAAGCUUUUUAGUAAAAUAAAUUAAUAUAAUAAUGUUUUGGGACAGACAGAUGUUUUCCAUUCUGAAGCAGGUUUUGUACUAAACACAAAUAUCCUCACAUUUCCAAAAAUAGCUCUUAAAUGUCCUAUUUAGUAUCAUCAUUGAGUAUUAUUUUUUAUAUUUUUUUGUUUUAUUUUAUUGUUUUUUUUGUGCAUUAUUAUCGACAAAUGGGAAGCCAGCCAGAGUUGGACCCUGCCAAUGUUUACGUUCCAUGUUGUCUUGUUAAAGGGGAAUGCCACCGAAUUAAAGUGAAAAUGAAAACUCU